AUGGCAGUCAUUAUGGCAGCCAAACACAGAUGCGUCGGACAAAAGCGGCUGAACAGGCCACCGCUGUGCCACCAGCAACGCCGCUGGCUUGCUGCUGACCCGGCAUCGAGCCUUGCGGCGAAGUCCUGCGGCACCAAACGCUGGCGGCGGUGUUUGGGACCGAGGCGGUGUCCCCACCCAGCAGCGACCUCCCGUUUGUGGCGCUCCAGGUGUCCCUCGGAGUACUUGCUACUGGAAGUGAAUGAAGAAAAGAAACGCAAGGAAAAAAAAGCGAUAGGUUACAUCCAUGAAAGCUCUUUCGAGUCUAGCAGACCUCGGACGCAGGCCAACUACCUGAAGCCCAUUGCUGAAGAAGAGAGGAGAAUAGAGGCUGAGGAGAAAAAGAAACGUGAAGAACUCGAGCGGAUCGCCAAAGAGCUUGCAGAAGCAAGUGAAGAUUCCAUACUGAAAUGA